AUGGCAUCUUCGAGCAAGCGACCCCGGCAAGAGGAGGAACAUGAUGCUACAAAUGAGACGAGGCUGGAGUCUCUGGACCUGAUCAGCAGUGAUCCUCUAGAAACACCGCGACCCAGCCGCAUUCGCAGGGGAACAAACCAAGACUUGGGCUCCCCCUCUUUGCAUGAGGACUCCCCGUCUCGAGCUUCAUCAGGCCUAUCGCAAUCGUCCACGUCGAACCAUUCGUCCGUAUCUCACCAGUCAUCCGCCAAGAGGCAGCGCCGCAACGCUGGGCUGCAAGAAACAGGCUUUAAGCCAGUCAGUUUCGAGCUAGAUUGCGACCUGCAACCUGAGUCUCUUCGGGCCCUAUGUCAACAACUCACAAAGAUUGGUGAUGGGUCCAAGAUCAUCCCUACGGAGCUGCGAGAGAUGAAGCUGACACUGGUCCAGUUGAUCGGUGCCAAUAUCCCAGAUGGGGCGUACUUUGAUGCAAAUGAUGCGCAUGGCUUACCGCAAUGGCGAUAUCCUUCUCUCGAUCUCGCGCAAGAGAUUGUGACUCGUGCCGCUUUAUGCCUCGAUGAGGGAGAAGGCGAAUCGUCCUGGAACAUGGACGUCCAUGCACCUCUGCUCUCGUGGGUCUUUCGGCAAAAGCGAUCACGCUUGGUAGAUUAUCGAUACUGUACUUCGGCCCAGAUCCUACGUGAAUUCAAGCCCAGGAAUGCCCCUUCCAAAAACGUCGACUUCUGCGUCAUCAUCCGCCCAGAAGAAGACAGUCCGGCAUACGAGGCCAUCGAGGACCUCUGCCGCCUCGGGCGACCCGGACUGGCCAUCAACCACACCGAAUGGGGCAACUUUGACAAGGACCCGAUCGCCAUCUCCAUUGAGACGAAACGGCAUGCCGAAAACUGGGACAAUGCCAUCCUCCAGAUGGGCACCUGGCACUCUGCGCAGUGGCGGAGUCUGGUCUGGGGGAGGAGUCAACAGCCGGUGCGCCACAUCGAUUUUCUGCCUGGCAUCAUCAUUCAGGGACAUAGCUGGCUUUUUGUUGCCACUAUCUUCAAGAAUAACAAGGCGAGGCUCUACCACUCUGUCGCCAUCGGUGAUACGAAGACCAAAUUUGGCAUUUACAAGCUCACCAUCUCCUUGCAGUGUUUACAAGGAUGGGUUGAGGAGACAUACUGGCCUGCUUUCAAGGCGGACAUUCUGGAAAUUUGA